GCCUAUAUCGCAUUCAACAAAUACCUUCACGAUCCACACUGUAGGUUGAACGAGUGGGUAGCAUCAAACAUGGCGGACGCGGAAGAGCAGUAUAAGCUUUCACAGGAGCAGAUUGACUUUUUCCUGGACAAUGGCUGGCUCAAGUUGAGCAAUUGUUUCACACGGGAGCAGGCCGAAAGCCUCCAAGAGAACCUCUGGACCAGACUGGGCAUGGAUCCAAAAGACAUGUCGACAUGGCACACAGAACGAACAAACAUGCCCUUUUUCAAAGAAUUCCCCGUCUCGGAAUUCGCUCCCAAAGCCUGGGGCGGCAUCUGCUCUCUGCUCGGCGGCUCCGCCCGCGUCGACUCCAACGCCUCGACGUGGAAAGACGGCUUCAUCGUCAAUCUCGGCACGCCUGCCGGCCACAACAAAGUCGUGCGGCCCCAGGACCUCCCCGAGUGGCACGUCGACGGCGACUUUUUCGUGCACUACCUCGACAGCCCGGAGCAAGCGCUCCUCGUCAUCCCCCUCUGGACAGACAUUGUGCCCGGCGGCGGCGGCACCUACAUUUGCCCAGCCGCCAUCCCCCACGUAGCCAAGCAUCUGUACGAGAACCCCGACGGCGUGAGUCCGCGCAUGACGCCGCGCGCACAGAACCCAGACUUUGUCCAGGAAAACGGAUUGCGCUGGUUCAACCGCCUGGCCGCUAGCAUGCCCGACGACGCCUUUGUAGAGGCCACGGGCGUCGUCGGCGACGUCUAUCUCCUGCACCCGCUCAUGCUGCACUCGGCGUCCAACAACCAGCUGCGCAAUGUCCGCGUCAUCACGAAUCCCCCCGUUAGCGUUAAGCAGCCGUUUGAGUUUGAUCGUGAGGAUGCCGAUUACAGCGUGGUGGAGAGAAAGACGAUGAAGGCCUUGGGCGUGGAGCGCAUCCCCGGCUUCAACAUCACGGGCGAGAGGCAGCGCAUUGUGCCUGAGCGGGUGCGCAUCCAGGAGGAGAUGAAGCGGAAGGAGGAAGAGAGGCUGCGCAGGCUGCACGAGAGUGGGGGCAUCCAUGGCGCGAACAAGGAUGAGAGCCGCACUGUUGCUACUGCUGCUUGAAAUCAUGACUACUUAUGAACAAACACACCAGUCUUUCAGAAAGCAUUUUUCAAUCAUACGUUUCGAUUCUUGUUUUUCGUAG